AUGAUUGACCACCUCGUCGGUCGUCCCAAUCCCUCAUGGAAACGUACUCAAGUCUUCCUUGUAAUCAUCUUCUGGCUAUGGAGGAUCCUGCGCGGAAAUUCUGGACCUCCUCGAAUCUUAUGGCUCACUAAAGCCAACAGAGCCAUGCGACGCUUCACGCCCUGGCAACUUAUCGCCAGCACCCUCACCGCAAUGUACACCAUUCGCAACUUCGACAAGAUCCUGGGCCUCAACGCCCCCGAACCGCUCGCCCGCCUGUACUCACCCUCGUACUACCGAGCGACCUGGAUCGUGACGGGCCUGGACGCAGGCUUCGCGACAGCCAUGUCGAUCCGCCCAAAGUGGCUCCGCGAUCUGGCCUCGAUCGUGUUCUCCUUCUACUACAUCAUCUAUGCACAAGAAGCCGACGAAAAGCUUCGGAGGUUCCGUGCAGUCCCGACCGUUGAGAUGCUCCGGACGACCUGGGAAAAGACGUCGAAUCCCUACAUCCGCCUCGUAACGCACUUCCCCCGGAUCAGCGUGCGCCGCAAGAUCCUGCUGCCUAGGCCCAAGUCCUCGUCGUACGACCGCCCCAUCACCGCGUACCUCUUCUUCGCGCCGCCGGAGAAGGAGCUAUGCAAGGCCAGCGAGCUGAUACUCGACUUUCCUGGUGGUGGUUUUGUGGCGAUGAACCCAGAGCACCAUGAGGAGCGCCUGCGGAUGUGGGCGAGGUCGACGGGCAAGCCUGUGUUGGCGGUGGAUUAUGGGAAAGCCCCGGAAUAUCCGUAUCCUUUUGCGAGAGAUGAGGGGUUGGAUAUUUAUCGGUUAAUGGUGGAUUCGGGUGGAAAGCUUAUUGGCAUGUCUGGCAAGAAGCUGAAAGUCAUUUUAUCUGGAGAUUCAGCCGGAGGAACCUUGGCCGUCAACGUCGUCAUCCGGAUUUUAGAACUAACGACCCUCGCAGCGUCCUCCCACCAACCUAUCAACCUCCCUCUACCCACCGCCGUCGUGCUGAACUACGCUGCCCUCGAUUUCAACUUCACAUCCUGGAUGACUGCUGAUAACCUUCGGGUGCUGCGAUCCGAGCAAUCAUCGGGCAACUUACCUGGGCUUAAGGAGCUCGCUGAGCAGAAGGACCACCUCAAGCACGUUAGCCCUCUGAGUAUGGUGAGAGAUAAGAAGCCAGGCUCGAGCCGGAAGCGUAUUAAGCGGCGAUCGAGCUGGAAGGACACGCUGAGAGGGUUUACGAGUGGUGAAGACGCCGAUUCGAGCCGGGGGCAACACUCCAAUUCGUCCUCGCGGGCCUCCUCGAGGCGGGGUAUGCCUGACUCGCUCGGCGCUGCAGAUGAAGGCACCCUUGCCGACGCAGAGAGCGAGGACGAGGACUUUGGUACGCUGAAGGAAGAAGACCGCCCGAUCCAAGCGCGCAUUUUGUACAACUACUCAACGAGCACGCUGCAGAGCCAGCAGCAGCAACUGUCGACGGCGGUCGCGGAAGCGAACACUAAGGCGAUCCGGGCGGUGUCUGGCAAGCACUCGGACACGAAGGAGGCGAUUGGGACGCGUCUGACGAUGACGAGCCGGACGGGGUACUUCCAGGACCGUGUCAUCUCACCUAGCAUGAUGCGUGCAAUGGCGAUUUUGUACAUCGGCCCUCACCGGAACCCGGAUUUUGCGACAGACUACUACAUAUCACCUAUCCUAACACCAAGCCAUCUUCUUGCCCAGUUCCCCCCACUUCUGAUGCAAUGCGGAGAGAAGGACCCGUUCGUGGACGACACGGUUAUUUUUGCUGGGCGCGUCAGAGAAGCAAAGCGGGCGCGCAAGGUGGACCUGGACUUGGCGUUGUCGGGGAAGAGUGCGCGCUUUGGCGAGAGCUUGCGCAUGAGCUCCGUCGACGGCCAUAUUGACAGCAAGACGGCGGCUGAGAUGAAGAAGGAGCGGGACAAGCUGGCAGGGGAGAGCGAGUCUGACUGGGUGCAGAUGGUGCUGUUCUCGGACUGGAGCCAUGGGUAUCUGCAGAUGCCCACGCUGAUGACGGAGGCGAAAGCUGUCAUCGAAGAAUUGGCUGAAUGGAUCGAUCAUGCGUUUGACAGAUACGGCGGCGGUGCAGCGGGUGAAGUGAGAGAGAAGACAUUCGAGCGCGCGUCAAAUGCGACCCUUGUCCCACCGAAAGGAGCAGGAGAGGAGGAGUGUGGGCGCAGUCCAUUGACGUCGGAGACUGAGACAGACGACACGGGGAUCACGUUUGUGCCCCGGCGGCAUGGAGGGGGGCCGAGCACGCCGCCGCAGCGGGAGAAGGAGAAGGGGACGUCGUCUGGAUCUGACGCGACGGUGCUGGGCGAGACGUUGGGUGAUGAUGGGAAGGGAGCCGAGACGCCGGAGCAGCCGGGGGCGGGCGGGGGCGGCGGACCAGGGCCGGAUGUGCGUACGGGGACGGGGCGGCAGACGCUGGCGGGGCAGACGAUCUCUGAGAGCGAGCUGAUGCGGCGGCGGCGACUGCUGGGGAGUGUAGUGUAG